CCAUGGCGAACGCGGCGUCGGGAAUGGCGGUGAGCGACGAGUGCAAGCUCAAGUUCUUGGAGCUGAAGGCCAAGAGGAACUUCCGGUUCAUCGUCUUCAAGAUCGACGAGAGGAUACAGCAGGUGAUGGUAGAUAAGCUCGGCCAGCCCGACGAGAGCUACGACGACUUCACCGCGUCCCUGCCGGCCGACGAAUGCCGCUACGCCGUCUUCGACUUCGACUUCGUCACCGACGAGAAUUGCCAGAAGAGCAAGAUCUUCUUCAUCGCUUGGUCACCCGAUGCCGCAAGGGUGAGGAGCAAGAUGCUGUAUGCAAGCUCCAAGGACAGGUUCAAGAGGGAGCUCGAUGGGAUCCAGGUGGAGCUGCAAGCAACAGACCCCAGUGAGAUGAGCAUCGACAUUGUCAAAGGCCGAGCUCUAUGAGAACCUUUUGCGCGCAUGCGUGCGUGCAUGCGUGCCCUUCUCUCCACCUCGGACCUUCUGUGAGGUGAAGAACCAACUCGUGGGCACUGAUGUGCAUGAGAUCGGUCAGGCUUUACAUGAACCCUACCCUGUCCUCGAAGAACUCUUCUCUUUCUCUUGUGUUUUUUUGUUGCUGAUUGAAGUUUGGUCAUUAUUAUAUUUUAUAUGUAUAUUAUUGGAUUGUGUUGGCUGCUCACAAUAAUCCAAGUUGUGAAGCAUACCAAAUUGAUAUUUAUCAGAGUCAAAAUUGUGGUGCAUCAUGCAUAUUGGAAUUG